AUGGUGGAUAGGGGUGUUUCGCAGCAAAGUCUGCUUCUCAACAGCGGUUACAGGAUUCCGCAACUUGGCUUUGGAACCUUUGAUGUGAUAAGGCCCGCUUUUAUUGAUUGCGAGUUAAGUGCUGCCAAAGAAGUUGUGACAAAUGCUGUGGAAUUGGCGCUCAGCGCUGGCUAUCGCCACGUCGAUUGUGCCAUGAUCUACGACAACGAGGCGGAAAUUGGGAAGGGUCUAGUGGCUGCUAUGAGGAAUCUCAAGUUGGAACGUGAAGACAUUUUUGUCACCUCAAAGCUUUGGUGUGACAAUCAUGCGCCAGAAGAUGUCCACAAGGCCUGCGAACUGUCGGUCAAGCGGCUUGGUCUGGAGUAUUUGGACCUUUACCUGGUACACUUCCCUGCGUCCUUCAGAUCCAAGGAGGACAAGCUAUUCGACCCGUUUGACUCGAACUCAGUUGUGUUUGAAUACCAUAGACUUGAGGACACUUGGAAGGCCAUGGAGGAGCUAGUGUCGACUGGACUCGUCAAGUCGAUUGGGGUGUCCAACUUUAACAAACGGCAAAUGGAACGCAUUUUGGCAUCAUGUACUAUUCCGCCGGCAGUGAAUCAAGUUGAAGUUAAUAUUAACUGGCUCAACACGAAGCUGAUUGAGUUUUGUCACUCGAGGAAUAUUGUGGUAGAGGGGUAUUCACCCCUGGGUUCGCCCGGUUUCCUGAGUAGGUCAAUGUAUGUCGACACUACUGAUUUGCACAAUGUUUGUGCAAGUGGUGUCAAGUGGUAUCACUUGCAUGAUUCUUGUAGGGGCAAGAUGAAGUCGCUGUUGGAGGAGGAGGCUGUGUUUGAGAUUGCGCUGAAGCAUAGGAAGACACCGGCACAAGUUUUGCUGCGUCAUGGCUUGCAGAGAGGCAUCGUUGUUCUGGUGAAGAGUGUCACUCCUGAGCGCAUAAAGACGAAUUUCGAUGUGUUUGACUUCGAACUGACUGAUGAGGAGGUGGACAGGUUGAACAAGGCUGGUUCGAACGAACGGCUUGUGGUGGUACCGGCUUUGAAGGGACAUCCGGAUUACCCAUUCGACGAUGAAUUUUAA